AUGUCCGUCGAUCCACGCCUGCGGGCGCGUCAACAGCUGCAGUCCGCGCCUCAGGCUGCACCUGUGCCCCCACCACCUCCCCCGCCGCCCAUGGAGCCUCAACCCAUGGGCAUGGACGGCGCGAAUGAUGCACCGGCCCCCGCGAACCCUAUCGCGGUUCCUGAUGACCAGUUCAAACUCAAGUUCUGCACCGUAUGCGCCAGCAAUCAGAACAGAUCAAUGGAGGCACACCUCCAACUCGCCUCCGCCAACCUCCCCACCAUCUCCUUUGGGACCGGCUCUCUUGUGCGCCUCCCCGGCCCGACCAUCACCCAACCCAAUGUGUACCAUUUCAACAGUACGACCUACCGCACGAUUCACGACGAGCUGUCAGAGCAAAACACCGCGCUAUACACGCACAACGGCCUGCUCAACAUGCUGGGGCGCAACCUCAACAUCAAAAGCUUCCCCGAGCGCUUCCAAGACUGGGUUCCUGGGAAGCCGCGCCUGGAGCAUGCUGAAGACCAGGGAUACCAAGGCACCGAGUCGGGCGUGGUAGACGUGGUGAUUACGUGCGAGGAGCGCUGUUUCGACGCCGUGCUGGAGGACCUGCACAACAAAGGUGGCAAGCUGAAUCGCCCCGUGCACGUCUUCAACGUCGACAUCCGCGACAACCACGAAGAAGCGCUGGUGGGCGGCAAAGCGAUCCUCGAUCUCGCCCUCAGCCUGAACGAGGCCGCCGGAAAAGAGCGCGAGGCGCACGGCGAGAGCGGUUGGACAACAGGCGGCGGAGCGGCACGCGAUGGCUUCGACGAGAAAGUCCCUGAGAUCUUGGCAAGCUGGCAGGAGAGGUGGCCACAGAUGCCGGCGCUGUGGAGUUUGGCCUGGUUCUGA